GUUCGAGUCUGUUAUUAUCUUGAAAAUUAUGUAAAGUUCAACCAGAUGUUUAAACAAAUUCGCCGUAAAAUUUAAAUAUAAACAAUCACAAUGUUUUGAAAUCGGUACAGUUUACACUACGUUUUUAUAAUUUAUUCUAAUUAUUUUGGGAGUGAAUGAAAGUGAGGUUAUGUCGUUUUUUAUCUGAAACUCGCAACAAUGGCCACAAACGAGGACAACAAUCAACUAAAUGAACGCAAAAUCAGAUUUAGACCACCCGCAAAAGUUUUAUUUCGUUCGGAUAGUAAAAUAGAGGACUUGUUGCGCAAUGAAAAUUCUGAUGAGACUGACUUGAGAAAAGAUCAUCCAUCUUUAAUGUCGUUUUUAAAGGUUGAACUUACGAGGGAUUAUUUACUGGAAAAUGAUGAAGAAAGGUACUCAGCUAGGAGAGAGAAGAUUUAUUCAUUCAUGAAAAUACCCAGAGAGGUGGAACGGUUUAUGAGAUAUGGCUUUAUGCAAUGCACUGACUCAUUCUUGUUCGUUUACACGUUUUUGCCAAUGAGGGUGGUUCUGGCGAUUUGGGCACUCUUCACACGACCGUUCUCUAAAUGUUUUGGUUGGAGGCGAAACCGAAGAAUAUUAACACCGGCGGAAAUAUGUGAUUUGUUAAAGGCUGUUAUUUUAGUAACUUGUAGCAUCGUCAUGUUUUCGGUCGAUACAAGUAUGUUGUAUCACUUGAUCAAGAGUCAGAGUGUGAUUAAAUUGUAUAUAUUUUACAACAUGUUGGAAAUCGGCGACAGAUUGUUUUCAGCUUUUGGGCAGGAUACGAUAGAUGCGUUGUUUUGGACCGCUACCGAACCCAGAGGGAAGAAACGUGAACAUUUGGGUGUGAUUCCUCAUCUAAUUUUUGCCAUUGUUUAUGUCAUUUUGCAUAGUAUUCUGGUGUUGUUUCAAGCAACUGCAUUAAAUGUGGCCAUCAAUUCCAGCAACAAAGGUCUCUUAACUAUUAUGAUGUCAAAUAAUUUCGUCGAGCUGAAAGGGAGCGUGUUCAAGAAGUUCGACAAGAACAACCUGUUCCAGGUGUCGUGUAGCGACGUGCGCGAGCGCUUCCACCUCUUCGUCCUCCUGUUCAUCGUCGCGCUCCAAACGAUGCGCGAAUACGCGUGGAAAUCGGAACGUUUCUGGGUCCUGUUGCCCGACUGCGUGAUCGUGCUCGUCGCCGAAGUGCUCGUGGAUUGGAUAAAGCACGCGUUCAUCACGCGUUUCAACGAGCUACAGCUCGACGUCUACAGGGAUUACACGACCAGUUUGGCCUACGACAUGGCGCAGACCAGGCAGAAGCACGCGUUCUCCGAUCACUCGGACUUGGUGGCGAGGAGGAUGGGGUUCAUACCAUUGCCGUUGGGCGUCGUUAUGAUCAGGGUGUUCAUCAGUGCGGUCAGCAUUGAGGAUUUCCCCUCGUUGAUUAUUUGUUUCGUAGGGUACUUGUGUCUGGUCACGUUUAAGGUUUUGAACAGUCUUUUGAUCUUGGGCAAGGCCUGCAAUUUGAUAACGCAGCACAAGCAGGAAAAGGCUUCGGCCCAGUCGCCUUCCAACAACAGGGCCACUAGUCCGCCGCCUGUUUCCAGGGUGGUUUCUGCCAAGGACUGCGCCACCAGCCCCUUACAUCCCGUCACCUCUCAGCCGUCUCUUAAAGUUAAUAAUGCGGAACAUAAGGCACAAGAAAAUCUUCCACCGGCUGAUUUAAGCACGGCUAUCUUUGCGAACAGCACAGUAGACCUAAAAAAUGCCAGUUUAAACGAAGAGUUGUUGAAAGUAGACGGUGAUGACAUAAAAAUCGAGGAGGUAGAAACGGAAAUUACGAGGAGCUUUCCGAACAUCAAUACGGAUUUUGAUGAGGACGUCGUACCUGAUUUGAAACGUGCUGAAUCCGAACCGAAUUUAAAUACCUGCGAGUGUGAUAUGCCUAAAUAAAAUUAUUUUCUCUCUUUGUUUGUACUGAUUUUUGCUAGUCUAAGUUUGUUGAUUUUAUUAUAUUUAUUGUAGUGGGUUAAAACCUGCUUUAUUCCAUCCUUUGGGUGAUUGUUUAUGGUAUUAUAAGUUUGGAUUUUUAUACAUUGAAGUAAUGUAAAUAAAUUAUUUUUAAUAA